UGAUUUUUCUCUGCUUCCAUAUUUGAAGAACGAGCUAGGAUGCCAAAAUAAUAAUUCCAAACUAAUGAGGAGAUUCAAAGGAAUGUUACUGCCUAUCUCACAACACAAGCAGCAAAGUUCUUCGAAAAGGGUAUAGGAAACCUGGUCCACCAAUGUGAUAAAUACCUGAAUUUUCAUGGGGAUUAUGUCGAGAAAUAACCACGCUUAUACCUAUCAAUUGGAAAGGAAGUUAGGAUACAGGCAGAGACUUCAAGGCAUGUCAAAGUUCAGCCGGUAAGAACCUUCAACUUGUGACUUUGAUCCUCUUGUUGAGUUGUUUGGUGGCGAAAAACCCGCUCCAGAAAGAAGUUCGAGCAAGGCAACCAUGCUGUCGAAAGUGAAGUGCGAUCAGACGAAAAGUCGAAGUGGACUGCGAAGGAAGCUCAAGUUUCUCUCCAAGAUGACCCGCUCGGCACCGGUCUCCCCUUACGAGAGGAUGGGCUGUGAUGAGAAGAUGGUGAAGCCGUACAGUACAGAGGACAUCAGGGAGAAGGAGAACAUCGGUUCUAAGGGAAACAAAGAAGUUAAAGAGAAGAAGACCAAGAAAAGGAGCUGGAAACGCUUUCGCCAGGCAGCUCUGACCACCUGUCGCUACAUUGGACUCGGAGUAGCCCACAUGAGUCCCGCUACAGCUUACGCCGCCCCUGAUUACAGUAUCGAUCCAAAGACGUGGAACAAGUCUUUCAGCUCCUCUUACAAACCAAAGCACGGCGCACCGCCUCCCCCACCGCACUGGACCGCCAACAUGAUGUUCUCGGCAUGGUGAACGCGAAUCAAAACAUGAAAACUGCGAACAACACGCGGUUAUUGAUCUCAAAUGCCAGUUGAACAUGAGCUGUGUCCACUUCAUUAUCUCUGAUAAGAAUUUUGAUGAACACAUUUUUUCACUAGUAUUAAUACUUACCAGAAAUCAUGUUUUUGUUUGUGAUUUUAUCUGCAGAAAUAUCUUCUUUUAUUUUGUUGUGUAUGAAUUUUUGAAACUAGUCUUUUGAGAGCAUGCGUAUGAUUGAAAAUGGAAUAAUCUUCACUUUUUCCUAAGACUUAUUUAACUGCACAUGCUCUUUGUUCUGUUGUAUGAAUUAUGUAGACUUUUUAUCACUUGAUAAUGUGUUGUUUAACCAAUAACGGCUUGAGUUAGUCAUUGUUACUAACGAAGCAUGUUAACAAAUGUAUACAUGUAGCGCGUGAUUUUUUUGGAAAAAUACAUGCGCUAAAUUGGAAACUAUAGAUUAAGUUUCUAAUUUGAAAAAAAAGUAUUUUGUAACCUUUAUGUAUUUGUAUGCCAUUUUUAUUCAUAUAAUUUAAAGAAAUGUUAACAAAAAAGUUAGCAAAAAGAAUGUACGGAUAAUAAUUUUAAAUGAAAUGUUAUCAUUUUCAUGAAAUUUCGAUAACAAAAAUGGUUAUAAUUAUUGAAAAAUUAUUUUUUGAUUAUUUCUAAUCAGUUUAAGGCAAUAUCUUGAAUUAUAUUUUAAGGAACAAAUUUGCUUGCAGGGUUUUUGCGUUCUUCACGUUUUUCAAAAUGAAAAAGAAUAAUAUUUGAAAAUUAGCUUCUUUUUAAUGUUAUAUUUAAAUGUUUUUUUGUGUUUAUCAUGAUUAAUGUUCUUAUUGUUUCUUCUUUUGUGCUCUGUUAAGCACACUUUGUAAAUAUCAUUGUAUAGUGUUUUUAAUAAAAUAUUUUAAAUCUGAA